AUGAAUCGGAUCACGGUAUACGAGCGUGCCGACUUCAAGGGGCUGAGCCGGGAAUUCACCUGCGAUGUGCCUGACCUGCACGAGCUGGAUUUCGGGGACUGCAUUGCCUCCCUGAAGGUGGUGGGGCAGCCCUGGAUCGCCUACACGGACCCCAAGUACGAGGGGGAGCUGCACGCCUUUGAGGAGGGUGAGUACCCCUCCGUGGAGACCAACUUGGCGUAUGGGUACUUCAACGACCGGGUGGCCUCCCAUGUGGUGCAGCGAGGUGUCUGGCUGCUCUACCAGCACCCUGGCCGGGGUGGUUGGCACUGCCUGGCAUGGCCCGGUGAGCAUCUUGCUGACUACAAACCUGAGCUGAACUUCCAGGCUCGGCUGUCCCAUCUGCGCCCGCUGCGGCCCGGGCAGCCCCUGGUCUCAGCACGUCUCCUCUGGGAGCAGAAGCGUGUGGAAGAGGAGAGCUUCCACUUCAGCAACGCCACCAGCCUCAAAGCUGGGCUCUCCUUCACACUGACUGUGGAAGCCUCUAAUGUCUUCACGGUGCAGAAAGGACGCAGCGAAUCCAGCACCCGCCGGGAACGCGUGGAGGUGCAGCUGCCGGCAAAGAUACCCCCGCGCACAGCGCUCAGCAUCCAGGUCCUGCGGAAAGAGGUGACGCUUUCCGUCCCUGUCCUGCUCACCAUCACCCAGAACGAAGCCGUUCGUACAGAGACGGGCGAGUACCGCAGCAUCUCCGGUACC